AUGGUUGGAAGUUCAAUGGAGACGGUUUCGACCAUUAUCCCGGGAAGAUCGCCGACUGUGGAUCACAUCAAGUUGUUUCACUGCAAUGUUCUUAAACAAAAGCUUCUUCAUAAUGAUGAUGCUUGGCAAACACACUCAAUUCCGUUUUAUCGGGGUGUAAAGAUAUUAUGGGAAGAAAACUGCACUUCAAUUUGCGAUGUAAAGUCUCGCAAACAUCGUCGCUAUCGAAAGAGUAAGGACGCAUAUGGCAGUAAGGAUGGCAAAUUUGAAGGAGAGAAGCCCUUUGAACGCGAAUUCUCCUUUCGAACUUCCAAAGGUCAGGCCAUAAUGCCAGGUUUAUGCCGCCUCGAUUCGGGGUCCGACAUACCACUUGUAGUUUCGAGAAGAUGGGUGAAAGAGUCUGGUAUAGAAGCCGAGAUAUCAGAGGAUUUUAAAAGUCCAUCCUCAUAUAGUCUGAGCGGACAUGCGAUGGAAUUCGACGGCAUUCUUUGA